GCGCCACUCCUGACAGAGCCGUGCGCGUCUUAUAGGUGGAGCUGGUGCGCUCGUUGCUCAGAGUACAGAGGGAAAGGUCUGUCUGACAGUAAACUUGAAAGUUUCACCAUGCAGAAAGCAGCUGUGCUGAUCUUCAUAACCAUCUGUGCUCUUUCUGCACUGUCAUGGGUCGAAGGUGCAAGGAACAAGAAACCUUCUGCAUCCAUGGCCCCACCAAAUCAGUUUGAGCAAGCCAAUACUACCACAUCAAAACCUACCACUAAGCCAACAACCACAACUAAAGCCACCACCACCACCACCAACACCACGACACCAAAACCUACCACACCUAAAACCACCACCAACACCACAACGCCAAAACCCACCACUAAGCCAACAACCACAACUAAACCCACCACAAAACCCACCACAAAACCCACCACUAAACCAACAACCACCCCUCCCUCACCAACUCCCUCAACCAACUUGACAGUUGGAAACUACAAUGUGACAUCCCAAGGAAAAAUAUGCCUGAUGACCAAAAUGGCUCUUCAGAUCCGGCUUAUAACAAAGCAGAAUAAUGGGACUUUCAUUGUUCAGCCAUCUAAGACUGACACUGAGGGGGGGUGCAUGAAGACAAAUGCUGAAAUAAAACUAAAAUUCCAAGAAGGCUUCAUAAAUUUCCACUUUAACAAGAGUGAAGACAUGGUCUACGUUGAUGCUCUGUCUUUUAACCUGAAAUACCCCUUAGUGAAAGGAGGUAUGGAAUACGAUGCCUCCAACACGUCCUUGAAAUUGUUCUCUGCACGUAGCGGACACUCGUACUCCUGCAGGAGUCAGUCUGUGUACAUGGGUAACGGACUGUAUCUGGAUGUGACUCAGGCUCAAAUGCAGGCCCUGGAUUUACAGAAUGGCAAUUUUGGCAAACCCGACGCCUGCCCUGCUGACCAGCCGGACUACCGUGUUGCCAUCGCGGUGGGGGUGACCCUGCUGGUACUCAUUGUGGUGGUGGUGAUUGUGUACUUGCUGGGUCGCAGAAGGAGGACCGAUGGGUACCAGUCUCUUUAAGCAGGGGUGGCCGGAGCUUAAUGAAGAUGCCGACUCUAUUAAUGUGGCUUUUCGGGGCUUUGCUGUCACCCUGAGAAGACAUUUGUAUUAACCUACCUAUUAGAGCCCUGAUUAUUUUUCCCGUCCCUGGUUCUCAUCCACAGAAAGUGCCAUUUAAAGAAUUGCAUUGAGCACCUUACUCCACACAGUCCAGCCUCAGGUUGCAGGCUAUUGGUCCAGUUGUCAUUUGGUCAAAAGUGUAGUUUUGUUUUAGAGACAAAGGCAGUUUAAAGUUACUUCUGCCAUGAAUCUGAGGGAUCUCCAAUACAAAUAAACAACCACUGGAAGAGAGCAAAAAAAAAACCAAUACAACAAGUUGAAAAUGCAUAACCACUGAAAGUUUCAAGAACCUCUUCCAGUUACUCUCAAAGGAUUAUUUUCUGCUCAAUAAUUUUCCAUGAGGCCAUUUAAUGUGCACACAAUACAUGAAAUGAACUGACAACUGCUGUGACCCGACUAGGCUAAGCAGAUGGGUUUAAAGGACUCGUGAAUUUUUGUUUCCCAACAAUCCCAUGCAUUGGAAAGUGGGAGUCUUUGUUUUAAAUGCUUCGUAACAGAUUGGAGACACUAAAUAGUUCCAGAAACUGACUCAGUCUUGAUGUCAUGAAGCAGCCAGGAGAUCUGAGCAUUGAUUCCACAUUUUUUUAAGACUAUUAAAAAAUUGAUUUUAUAAAUUCUAUUAAAAUGUGGCUUUUUUAAUCAAUUUUCCUAUUAUUUUCAUUUGAAAUGUAUAAUUGUCUGACCUGGCUAAGUAUAAACCAACAACAGCCUAUUUUCCACUGUUUUACAGGACUUUUUUUAUUCUCGCCUAAUUUUAAUCUUUUUUUUUUUAGAUUUUUUUUAGCUUUCUGCUGGACAUAAUAAUAUAAACUGCUUUUGAUUGAUGCUGGGUAUGAAUAUGUAAGGGAUUUUGCAGCCGUAUUUGCACUGCUGUUCCAUCAGCCUUUGUCUUCGUCAGAGUUGCAUGCCUCUAAUGAUGCUUGGCGUGGUUUUCAUGCAGGAGUUUAGAGGCCACGCUUUGCUCAGGGUAUUUACAAAUCAUGCACUGAUUCAGAGAUUGUAAGGGAGAUUUAGAGCAAUAAUUCUGAAGCAGGAAAGUUUCUCAGAAAACUCCAGAAGCUGCCCCCUGCUGGUCAUCAGAGAGACUCUAGCUUUAAAGUUACUUAGUUUUCUUAUUUUGUGUGUUUUUAUGAUUUCAUUUUCUUGAAAAUAUUACCUUGCUUGUUUGAUGUUUUCAGUGAUCUGGCUUUACCUUCAGUAGAUACUCUUCAUUAUGCACAAUUGUGCAACAAAAGCAGAAUUAAAUGUGGCCUAUUUGAACUUUGACAUCAACAUGCAUAAAACGUGUGAGGGAGUUAGACAUCAGAAACCUGUUUGGUAUUUGAUAACAGCUGGUCUGUGUUUACAGGACUGCUUGAUAGUUUUGAACAAAAGAAAAAAAUGAAAUACUUUUUUGCUGCAUUGGAAACAAAAGGAAGUAAUGAUUGCAAUGAACAAAUAAAGAAAACAGACUGUCAGACGAAUAAUUUUACAUUUUGUUUAAGAAAGGGAAAGGAUAAGAAAAGGGAACCUGUUUUUGAAGCCAGAUAUCUCCCAUAUUUGUGUUUCACUAGAAUUGCUGCUUUCUAAAAAAGAAGUGUAGUACAGAAGUGAGUACAUUAAUUGUACACUGUGCAUUAACUUUGUAUUUGAUAACUUCAAUGCUUUACUGACUUCCAAUAAAAAUGUUUCUAAAG